UUUCAAAGAUGUUCACAAAAUGGACAGACAUUGAAUUAUUCCAAUUGGACUUAUGUUUGCUCUUUGGAGAGGCGUGAGGCUGUCUGUGUGGUGAGGUGCAGUGAGGCACAAGCCGAUGAGCACCUUGCACUGAACAUGAGAGCUGCGUGGUUGAAGAAAGCUGCCCUUGUGAUGGGAGGAAUUGUGAUUUUUGUAUACACCGGCGGGAUUCUGAAGUCAAGAUCAGAGAGUGGAAGUGUCAAAGAUCUGGACACACCUCAACUUUUGAAAAGUUUUUCUGACCUGGAAGUGAGCAUCAAUAAUCUGAACAAUGCUAUUCAGUCACUUGGACAAAAGCAAGAUGACAUGCACAAAAUACUGGAAGAAGACAGAACUGUGCACAAAAACGUGGGAGGUAAUCAGCCACCCCCAGAAAACAAGCAACAGGAACAAGCAAAGGUAGAAGAGAAAAAAGAACCCGGGGAGAAGAAGCCAACCAAACUGUUCCCCCAGUCGCCCUUGUUUAAGGAGUGGGGUGUCAAUCUGUCUGAAGAGGAGCAGAAAGAAGCACAGGCCUUAUUUGAACUCUAUGGCUAUAACGUGUUCCUCAGUGACCGGCUUCCUCUGGAUCGAGGUCUUCCAGACACCAGGGAAAAAGGGUGUUUGACAAAGACUUACCCUAAAGAUUUGCCCAGUAUUGGUGUGGUCCUGAUCUACCUGAAUGAAGCUCUGUCUAUCCUUAAGAGGGCCAUCCGCAGCAUUGUGAACCGAACACCAAAACAUCUGCUCAAGGAGAUCAUAAUGGUAGAUGACAACAGCUCCAAUGAAAACUUAAAGGAGCCACUUGACUCUUAUAUAAAGACCAUCCAGGAAGAAUUUCCAUCUCUUCGAUUUACUCGAGUCAAGCACAAUGAACAGCGUGGCCUUGCGUUUGCCAGAGCAUCCGGCUGGAGGGCUGCUACUGCUGAUGUGGUGGCGAUACUGGACGCACACAUAGAAGUCCAUGAGCUGUGGGCUGAACCUCUCUUAACUCAGAUCAAGAAGGACCGCACUGUCAUAGCAUCCCCUGUAUUUGAUCGGGUGAAUUUUGAUGACCUUAAAGUGAUCCAGUACCUCCCAGCCUCCCAUGCAUUUGACUGGGCCCUGUGGUGCAUGUAUGAGAGCUUCACACCCGAGUAUUAUGAACUCAAAGACAGCUCAUUGCCUGGAAAGAGUCCCUCUGUCAUGGGAAUCUUCGUUGCAGACAGACAAUUUCUUGGGGAAAUCGGGGUUCUUGAUGAAGGCAUGAAAGUUUAUGGUGGAGAAAAUGUUGAGCUUGGAAUACGUGUGUGGACAUGUGGUGGGAGCAUUGAAGUUGUCCCAUGUUCAAAGAUUGCCCACAUUGAGAGGAACCACAAGCCCUACAUGCCAGAUCUCAGCAUGGCCAUGAAGAGGAAUGCUCUGAGAGUGGCUGAAGUUUGGAUGGAUGAAUACAAACACAAUAUUAACCUUGCAUGGAACUUGCCAUUUGAGAAUCACGGGAUAGACAUUGGUGAUGUCAGUGAACGUAAAAAGCUGAGGGAGAGUCUGAAGUGCAAACCGUUCAAGUGGUAUCUGGAAAAUGUGUAUCCUAAACUGGACCCCUGGGAUAACCUGGUGGCAUAUGGAGGAAUGAAGAAUCUUGAUGCUGAUAUGUGCAUAGACCAAGGCCCUGUACCUGGUCACACACCCAUUGCUUAUCAAUGCUACUACUAUGGACCCCAGCAUGUAUUCUACCGUACAUCUGGUGAGCUCUACAUUGGCGGCAUCAAGUCUCAUAAGUACAACGAUAACCGCUGUUUAACGGACCAGGGCAACAAGGAGACUGAGCCAGGGCUUUUCAAUUGUAGAGAGGCUAUGCAGAAGAAAAUGAGCAUUUACUGGGAUUUUUCACAGGGUAAAGAAAUCAAGAACAGAGAAACAAAAAGAUGCCUAGAAAUUCACAAUGCUAAACUUCUCAUACAGGAAUGCACUGGCCAAAAGUGGGAGGUGCAGAAUGUCAUCAAAGACUUUUAGAUGUUUAUUAAAUACAAGUAGUACAAACUUGAGAAAAAGCUGGGAAAUGUAAAUUCAUGUAUAAUGUAAUGGUAUGAUGUUUUGAUGCAAAUGUUAAUUGAAAAACUUUUUGACAAUGCAUUUUUCAUAACAGGUCAUUAUGAGGUCAAGUGCAUUUUCUUUCAUAAUUCUUCUUUCAGUAAUCUUAUCCAAAAGAAACAGAUUUUGAUCAAUCUAUAUGUUUCAGGCUAAUCUGUUCAGUCUAGCUGUGACUAAAAUGGCCUAGUUUAUUGAGAGAUACCUGUUUACAAUGCUGUUUUUCCACAUUGUUAUUCGCUGUCUUAAAAUUGAAUGUGUUCUGGCUGUAGACACAUUUUGGAAGUAGUGCAGAAUUCAGGCACUGUAGGCUCUGUCUAUCUGUAACAUCUUUAAAGAUAUUUAUUUCAUAAAACAGCUGAGCUGUGCUUAGAAAAUGCUUUUGUAUAGAAUCUGAACUGUGCCUCUGUUUAACAAAGGACUUUUUUGUGUGUGUUUACAUAAAAUGUGGCCCUAUUAUUUAGUCACUUUUUGAAAACUGGUUCUACAACCUCAUGUCUAUUGAUGUGUGACUGGUCUUUAUUCUUCAAUCACAAUUGGAUCAUAUUCUUGGGCUUGUACAUGCAAGGAUGGGGAAGUAGGUUUAUACUAAAAAUAGGCUACAU